AUGCUUUCCCAACUUAAAAGAAGAACGAAUCACUCUUCUGCUUCUUCUUUUCGAUUGGACGAAUCUGAGAAGAUUUUUCUGUUUUGGGGUUUUUCUGCAAAUUCGAAAAGUUCCAACGAAACAUUUUCGAUUGAAAACUUUCCUUUCAUAACUCACUGGUCACUACUUUUUUCCGACUCUUUCGAAAAAUUUGUGUUUGGUUUCGAUGGAGAGAGAUUUUUUGGGUCUGAGCUUUCAUAAUGGUUCGUUGAGUGUGAAAGAGGAAGCCGCUGAUGAAUCCAAAACUUCAGCACCUGAGAAAUUUUCAGGGAUGCAGUGGUCGUUCUCUAACAAGGUCUCUGCUCUUCCUCAAUUCCUGUCUUUCAAGGCUCCUCAAGACAAUAGGCCACAAAGAAAGACAGUAAAUGAUCCUCUUGGGUCAUCCACUUUGAUGGCUAUAUCACCUGCUGAUAGUGCAAUUCAGAAAAAUUUCAUUCAAGAGAAACAAGCAGGAAUUCCUUAUGGGAUGACUGUCUAUCCUGCGCAACAUUUUGAUCCACACACAGCUCAUCAUUCCCAAGAAAUGAAGAUAUUCCCGUUAUCCAAUCAACCCAAUCAAACAAUGUCCGUUUCUUUGAGCACACCUGUUCACUCACAUCUUGCUUCCUCUGCUAAGUGCAUGGUUCCUUCUACUAUGAAACCGCAGUCUUUUGGAGGUGUACCGGUUAUAUCCUCUCUGUCUGUUCUUCCCUCUAGUAGUUCCGUAGUUGGCACCACUGAUCUUAGGAAUGCACCCAAAUCCUCCAGCGCACCUGCUCAAUUGACCAUAUUUUAUGGAGGAUCCGUCAAUGUAUACGAUGAUAUAUCUCCCGAGAAGGCCCAAGCUAUUAUGUUGCUGGCCGGAAAUGGGUCUUCUCUUCCUCAUACUAAGCCCGCUUCAAUGGCUCAAGGGGAGGCAUCAACACCAAGGCCUUCAGCAGCUGAUGGUUUUAUUAGGAACUGGUCUCAUAUUCCAUCUUCGUUCGCAAGCAUCCCAGGCUCUAUUUCUGUGACCAUGCGCCCUGAUACUCAGGGUUGCGGAGGAGCAGCUAAUAGCACGAAUGGAUUAACAAUAGCGAAACCAAUAGGAGCUUCAGCAUCAUCUAGUAACCACGCAGAGCCACCUAAAGUAGUCAGCUCAGUAGGUCCUGCCACAACAAAUGCAAUUCCAACAGCUGUUCCUCAGGCACGUAAAGCAUCCUUGGCUAGGUUUUUAGAAAAGCGUAAGGAGAGGGUGAUAAGCACAUCCCCAUACAAUAUCCCUCAGAAUUCUUCAGACUGCGGCGCCCCUGGUUCCAUUGCCACGAGUAUCUCGGUCAACUCUAGAAGUUCCUCGCCACUGUCAGCCAUAAACUGACCCGUGAGGCGGGGCCGACGGCGGGUGGGCAGGUUUGAGAAGAGAAAAAAAGAAGGGUUGGAACUGAGGAAGCAGUCUGGGGAAGUGUUGGGAGAGGUCGUUAUUAACGUGUAAUUGUGUUUUUAAUUGUGAGAUCAAUUCUUUUGACCUUAUGGUCUAUAGAUAAAUCUUAUAGAUAUGUAAUAUUAGUUUUUUUGGUUUUGGUUUUGAUUGUUAGCCAAGUCUUUCUAUCAAAUACUACCACAAAUGCCUUGUAACAUACUGUUACUUUUCUAUAAUACGCUGUAAAAUACCAUUUUUGCACCA